AUGAUGGACCACGUGAGGGUUUCAAUUGUGGACAGGAUUGAUCCAUUUGAAGGAAUCGAUGGGUUAGACAGGAACUUGGUGGGAAUGAGGAUUGAUGGGUAUCCAUCCCUCUGGAGUAGAGCGCAUGGAAAUUGACCUUAAGGGCACGAAGGGCAAACUUUCAGCAAUUAUAAUAAAAAUAUAUAGUUAGUUAAAUGUGUAUUUUAAAACUGAUUAAUAACAAAUUUAGGUUUGUGUACUUAAAGAAUUUAAGUUCAGCUGAGAGAAAUUAAGUUGAGAGUUGUUAGGUCUUUGAGUUUCAGAAAUUCCUUUUCUAUUAUACUUAUGUAAUGGAAAAAUAUAUAUAUUCUUUUGGAGUACAAAAAAAUUUGAAGCAUAAAAGAUCAACUUGAAACUUAAAGAAUUAUAUGCAUGUGUGCGAAGAAUUGUCACACAGGGAGAUAAUUUAAGAUUUAUUAUAAUUUUAUAAUAUAUAUAUAUAUAUAUGUAUGCAUUAUAAAAUUAUAAUAAAAAAAUAUAUAAUUCGCAUAUGAUUGACUAGUGGUAGUUUUCUAGAGUUUUCUCACACAGAUCAACUUGUCAUUCGUUUAUUUUAUGACUGUAUCAAUUAAUUCCCUUCAGAAAUGGUGGCACAAGUAUAUUCAUCGAGGUCAAUGUCUGGUACGUGGAAAAAACUAGAGAAAAUCACCCUGUACGAAGUGAUUCGUCUUGGUCGAGACUCACGCGCAUGUGUUGGUGUGGCAACGAGGACGAUAAAAAAGUUGCUACAUUUGCUGAGAAUAAAGUCUGAACACAGCAUGGAAACAAAGAGUUGUGAUUGGAGAAUAACUCGUAAACAAAUCGCCGGACACAAUCGUACGUCACCAAGGCGCCUGAUAAUGUUUCACUUGGCUGAAGAUUGCCC